UCUCUUGUCUCCCCUUUUGCCUUCAUUUCUUUUCAGUUUCUAUUUUCGUUGAUGUUUUAGAGAGAGAGUUGUUUAUCUUUUUUUCCCUUUCAGGUCAGAGAGUGGAAUUGUUCUUCUUGUUGUUGUUGCAGGUCAGCCAUCAAGGAUUGCUUCAUAGCUCUGCGUUUUGCUAACUGUUUUAUUUUUUUGCUUUGUUUUGGUGAUCAAAACCUUAAAAGUUACCAAAUUUAACUGCAAGCAAGCAAGCAAUGGCGGUAUUUGGAAAAUCCGUGGAAUCAGGUCCUGCCAAUGUCAUUUUUUUGUCUACUAUUCUCGGCCGAGAUGGGCCAUUUUCUGUCCACAAAUGUGAUUGGAAAUGUGAAAAUGUACAUGUUUUUGGAAACAUGUACUGCUGCAAACUAACUGGUCUCACUCACAUCUGCGACAAGAAUUGUAACCAGAGAAUUUUGUAUGAUAACCAUAGUUCCCUUUGCCGAGCUAGUGGUCAGAUUUCCCCACUUUCUCCAGCUGAGGAGCAGGCUGUGAGAGGAGUCCGGAGGAAGAUCGAUGACGACAAUUUGCCCGCAGAUAACUGUUCUUAUAAGCGCAGGCGAGAUGCACAGUUUCAUCCUUCACCUUUUGAGAGAUAUUUUUCUGCUGUCAGUCCAAUCUGCAGCCAAGUUGGGGAUGGCAUGGAUAUGAGCUAGAUAUAUCUAUUAUUAACUGAAAUGACUAUCUUUCUUUUCCUCUUAAUGUUCCUUACAUUUUUCCCUUUUUUUUCUUAUGGAAAAAAAAAUAUAAAUAAGUGAACCUAAUGUGAGUACUCUUAUGGUAGACCUGAUGAGUCCUCCUGUCUGUAGGAACAAUAUAUUUCUUAUCAUGUUUAAUGUUAUCUAGCUCUUACAUUAACAUAGCUUGACUUUGGUAGGAAUAUUCGGACAGGCUUUAUGUAAAUCGAAUUGAAUUUAGUUUGAUUCUAUCUUACUACUCAAUUCUGAAAUUUAAUUACAACAAGGUGUUUUCAGGUCUUGGGCAAGACUUGAAUAUGUUGCAGUAUGGUAUUUAUAUUUGCCCUCGUACUUCUUUCUUUAUCUCUCUUCUCUUUGUAGUUCACUGUGGUUUCAUUUGGUAGACAUACUUCUAUAGUGCAUAUUUUAUUUAUAGAUAGAAGGGCCUGUUGGGAUAUUUUUGUUGUACUUAUUGGCAUUUGUUCCUUGCUUUCAAUUGUAUUGAACUCUAUCAAUCUGCAUUCAUGCGUUUGCCUCUAUAUGUUAGUUCCCUAUGCUUUUUCAGCAUCGUUUGAUUGUCGAUAGCUGUUAGGCCUUUGAUUGGGGGAGACGUUUUCAUUGUUAUCUGGUAGAAACUGAGCUUCUUUGUUUGCUUUGUGUUGUCCAGUUUGUUGCAGGUUGAAGAGGAACAAUGUGCUAUUCCUUGCUUUUGUUUGGGUUGUUUGCUCUCUUCUUUUCUUUUUCCCUGGAAUAAGUUUAUUUUUGCAGGAUUGAAGUGUGUAAUUGAAGAGGAUUAGAUAUGCUUAGUGGGAUGAUGAACUAACACUUAUGUUUCAAUGUUUCUGCAAUGAAGUUUAUCUAUCCUUCUCAUGUUGGUAAUUCUGUUUUUCUUGCAGUGUUUUUGCAGCUUUCAGUUGAUUGAUUGAAAGUGUUACCGUACCUGUUAUCCAUCACUAUGUCAUUUCAGAGGUGCUUAAUGGCCCAGUUCCUGGUUUUCUAAAUUAUCUUUGGCAGGAGAUAAAAGUUUUUACGAGAUUUUUGGAUGGUAUUUGCCAUGGCAAACUCAACAAGCUCAUCUUUUGUGCCUUGAACCUGACCAGCUAUUUGAGGAAGUGCUGACUUUGCACUCAGGAGUAGGGAAUCUAUUUAAGAAUGAAACUCCACAGAGAUAAUACCCUCAUCAUGAUCUUGUUUAAUGAUGUACCAGUCUUCUUUAAAAACCCAGUUUGUAGGCCACUGGAUCCUGCAUAUUUAUAAUAAAUUGUUGGACUCAGCUUCCCUUGCCGGCCUGAAAUCUACUAUUGAUUGGUAAAGGCUGUAUCCAUUCCAUACAUUAUCUUGGAGCUGAACAUGUGUGGCGUUAGCUAUCUUCCUACCCAUUCAAUUUUUGUUUUAGAUCCCCAUUGAUGACACUGGAGUUUUAAUGGAAGAGCCCAAUUGUAAAUGAGAUAGUUUGUAAAACUAAUCAUGGUUUGUUAUGUUAGCCACUGGCACCUGUUUCAUCUCUA